GUGUAUUGCACUUGUAGGUAUUUAAAAGCUCGCUCUAUUUCAUAGGAAUUACUCUGACUGGUACCAACGCGACAUCCAGGGCUUGUUUGUGGAGAGACGACGGUUCAACUCGCCAUCCAUUUCAGAUCACUUGUCGAUUCUCCUUGUAUUCAUUACAGUGGUUGGUCAUCGAACACACAAUGUCCAACCCGACUUUUCCUCCCUUGAUCCUCUACCACUACCCCUUCUCGCCCUACGCGCGCCGGGUGAUCUGGUACCUACGCUUACGCGGCAUCCCUUACAUGGAAUGCAUCCAACCGCCCAUCCUCCCGCGCCCAGACAUUUCCCAGCAGCUGGGCAUAUCGUACCGGCGCGUUCCCAUCCUGGCCAUCGGCCGCGACGUGUACCUGGACAGCAGGCUGAUCCUGGCCAAGCUGGAGGCGCUUCCGUUUCCCACGACAGUGAAGCCGCCGCUGGGCGCUGCGCGGGGGACGACGGACCUCGCCCUGCAGCGACUCCUGUCCAGCCUGACCACGGGCAGCCUCUUCUCCCACGCGCGCAGGCUCCUGCCCGAAUCGCUCCCGCUGCUGAAGGACCCGGCAUUUCAAAAGGACCGCGCCGACUUCUUCGGUGAAAGUGGUGAGCAAACCCGAGCCCAACAAGAACAAACAAACAAGGCAAAGGAAAACGUCGCCAUCAAAGCCGAGGCGCUGCACGAGUUGAAGGAGGCCUUUGCCCUCCUGGAAACAACCCUUCUCGACCAAGACUCGGACAAGAAGAAGAAGAAGAAGGAGUGGCUGCUAGGCGGUGACGCGCCCAGCCUAGCCGACAUCGAGGCCGUGUGGGUUCUGCACUGGAUGGCCACGCUGCAGGGCGGCAACGGCGAGCCGGCGAUGGACCCGGCGCACAUCUCGCGCGACCGGUUCCCCGCCGUCUACGCCUGGAUCGACCGGUUUCACGCGGCUGUCCGCUCCGCGGGGGCAGCAAACAAACAUCAGGAACAAAAGAUGACCGGUGAGGAAGCGGCCCGGUUGAUCAAACAGCAAGCCGGCGAAGGAGUCGAGGUGGAGGUGGAGGUGGACGAGACGGAGCCGCUUGUGAAAGCGUUCGGCUUCAAAAGAGGCGAUUCCGUCGAAGUGUGGCCCGUCGAUUUCGGGUCCAACCACCGCGACCGCGGACGGCUGGUGGGUCUGAAAGCCGACGAGAUCGUGUGGGAGACGGAAGGCGCCGGGGUGAGGGUGCAUGCGCCCCGGAGCGGGUUCCGGGUGCGGCCGGCUGGUUGGGGGCCUACCAGUUUGUAAGGUAAUAAUUCGGUGUAGAGAUCCCGCUUCACUUGUUCGUCUUGGCUACUUCGUAUGUUUAUUAAGUUUGGGUGCUAGAUUGUUGAAAGCUGCUUCAGAUCAGCUGCCUAGGUACAUGCGCGUUAUGUUCUUCGGGUUGGUCUGGAGCUGAUGCGGUGGUGGAGGUGAAAUCGUCGUCACUAUGUGGCGUUGAAGGGUCGAACUCGAGGGCAUGAUUGUUAGAACAGAUCGUUGUAUAUUAGGAGUAGAUGUGUGCUGUACCAUC